AAAAAUGCAAGUCUUCGUGCAGUGCCUUCAAAAAGUGGGAAACGAUACAAUAUACAGUGCAUUGAAGCACACAUGCAAACCCCACUUCCAAGAAUAAAACACAGCACACGUGCCGACACACGUACACAAACGUAUACAUACAUGAACAUAAACUUCAUAUAGUUCCAAAAAAUGGCAGAAAAGUCAUUUGAAACUGCUUCUCAAGCUUAUCGCAGUACUAGUUCUGAGGGUUCGCCAAUGGACACUCCUUUGAGAAAAGUGUUGAGUAGGAUUCCAGGGUUUGCUUCAUCGUGGGGAAAGAAGAAAGCCCCACGUGGCCGUAGGAUUUUCCAUAGGGAUGUGGAGGAAGACGAGUUUCAGUACGGAAGUUCUCAUUGUCUGUCGUCUUAUUACAGUGUUUUUGUUGCUCGGCUUGCCAUCAUGGUCAUGCUGGCUAUUUUGAUCGGGCUACUAACGGUUCUAACAUGGCAUUUUACGAGGGUUUACACGACAAAAUCAUUGAACACCUUAGCUUAUGGUCUUCGUUAUGAGCUUCUUCAACGGCCAAUCCUAAGGAUGUGGAACAUCUUGAACUCUACCUCGGAAAUCACAACUGCACAGGUUAAGUUGUCUGAAUAUGUGAUCAGGCGUUACAGUAAACCAACAGAUCAGGCAGAACAAAUUGAGCAGUUGUAUCAAAUGAUGAAAGACAUAACAUGGGCACUGUUUGCAAGUCGUAAAGCUCUCAAUGCCAUAACUAUAAACUACAGGAAUGGAUUUGUCCAGGCCUUCCAUCGCGAUCACCGGAGUAACAACACGUUUUACAUCUACUCCAACCUCGCAAACUAUUCGAUCAGUGAUACAGAGUCUUACGAUGACAAAAUGCAGUCGUCCCGACAAGGUUGGAAUGACCAAUUCAUUCACGGUAAUGUUUCUGCAAUAUGGUACCGUCAACCGCUCGAUCCCGUGACCGGCGAGAAGAAAGGGAAGCCUUCGCAAAUUCCACCAGAAGAUCUUAUCAACAUAGCAGGCCCUUCUCAAGUCCCUGAUGGGGUAGCUUCGUGGCAUGUGGCGGUAAGCAAGUAUACGGAUUCGCCGUUGCUUUCUGCAGCAUUGCCGGUAUGGGAUGCUUCGAAUACAAGUAUCGUGGCCGUUGUCGGUGUCACCACCGCACUUUAUAGUGUAGGUCAGCUGAUGAAAGAACUGGUUGAAGUGCACAGUGGGUACAUAUAUUUGACCUCACAAGAGGGUUACCUACUGGCUACGUCAACAAAUACUCCUCUGUUAAACAAUACAGCAAAGGGACCGAAGCUUAUGAUGGCGGUUAAUUCGGAGGAUCGAGUGAUAAGAAUGGGAGCUCAGUGGUUGCAGAAAACCUAUGGCAACAAGUUUCCCCCUGGUCAUGUGGUUCAUGUGGAGAAGGCCAAUCUUGGUGGCCAACAUUAUUACAUUGAUUCAUUCUUUCUCAACCUAAAAAGAUUGCCUAUAGUCGGCGUCAUCAUAAUUCCGAGAAAGUAUAUAAUGGGGAAGGUUGAUGAAAGGGCCUUGAAAACAUUGGUCAUAUUGAUAUCAGCAUCUGUAUGUAUCCUAGUCAUUGGAUGUGUCUGCAUUUUGAUACUGACAAAUGGAGUUUCAAAGGAAAUGAAACUCAGAGCCGAGUUGAUAAGUCAUCUUGAUGCAAGAAGAAGAGCUGAAGCUUCAAGCAAUUAUAAAAGCCAAUUCCUCGCGAAUAUGAGUCAUGAACUAAGAACUCCUAUGGCUGCUGUUAUUGGAUUGUUGGACAUUCUUAUCUGCGAUGAUUGUCUUACAAACGAACAGUAUGCAAUGGUAACCCAGAUCCGUAAAUGCUCGACAGCUUUACUCCGGCUUCUCAACAACAUAUUGGAUCUAAGCAAGGUUGAAUCUGGAAAACUGGUGCUAGAAGAAGCAGAGUUCGACUUGGGACGAGAACUUGAAGGACUUGUCGACAUGUUCUCUGUACAAUGCAUUAACCACAACGUGGAAACAGUUCUGGAUCUCUCCGAUGAUAUCCCGAAAGUAGUUAGAGGAGACUCUGCCAGAGUUGUUCAAGUUUUUGCCAACCUGAUAAGUAAUUCCAUCAAGUUCACAACAUCGGGUCAUAUCGUCCUCCGUGGAUGGUGUGAGAAUCCGAAUGUGUCAAGUGAUUCCGGGAAGUUUUCUCCUGAUCAGAAAAAACCGUUGUCUGCAUUAAAGACAAAGUUGAAACAACAUGGAAACCAUAUGAAGAAGGCCAGCAAAAAAGACAACAAAAUGAUUCUUUGGUUCGAAGUCGAUGACACAGGAUGCGGAAUCGAUCCAAGCAAAUGGGAAUCGGUGUUUGAGAGCUUUGAGCAGGCUGAUCCUUCAACAACUCGAACGCAUGGUGGCACCGGUCUCGGACUAUGCAUUGUGAGAACCUUGGUUAACAAGAUGGGUGGAGAAAUCAAGGUUGUAAGAAAGAAUGGACAAGGAACUCUAAUGAGACUAUUCUUACUCCUCAGUACUCCUGCGGAUGGCAUAGAACAAGGACGAAUCGAUUUCGCAAAGCACAGUGUAGCCGUUAUCCUUGCCUUACAUGGUAGCAUGGGUAGAUUGAUAAUGUCCAAGUGGCUGUUGAAAAAUGGAGUUCCCACCUUGGAAGCAUCCGAAUGGAACGAACUAACACAAAUCCUCCAUGAACUGUUUCAUGCCAGAACUACUAAUUCUGCUUUUGACACUCAUUAUUCACCAGCUAAACCUGUGAGAUCUAAAGUACAAACCUUACAAGACAUGAAGAACCCGGUUUACAUUAUAGUUGUCGAUCUGGGGCUGCUCGACUUGAGCACCGGCAUAUGGAAAGAACAGCUUAAUUUUCUCGACAAAUACUCCGGCCAGGUGAAAUUUGCUUGGAUGCUGAAUCAUGAUACUUCCAAUGCUAUAAAGAUGGAGCUCCGCAGGAAAGGACAUAUAUUGAUGGUUAAUAAGCCAUUAUACAAGGCCAAAAUGCUUCAUAUUUUGGAAGCUGUGAUAAAGGAAAGUUGUGUUGAACCUCAAGACAGAAGUCCAAAUGUAACAAAAGGUACAUUGAAACAAAGUGAUUCUCAUGAAUGUCUAGAAAUCGAUUCAACUCAGUUUGAGACUUGCAGCUCCGAUGAAUCUGAUAUUUCUGAAAUGACCGGCGCUAAUUCUGUUAGUUCUGCGCGUACUGGAGAGCAACCGAAAGAAGGAACCGUACUAAAAUCCAGUCCACCAACACUUAGGAACUGCCUAGUUGAGUUCACACGGCUAGGCUUGGAAGCGAACAAUCUAAGGACAGAAGAAGAUGAAUGUAAUGGCAGGUUUAAGUUGCAUAACACCAAAGAUGUCAAAUGUGAAAAUCCCGAUUCCUCAGAACAACCUUCGUUCACAAGCAAUGCUAAAGAUAGAGAUGAUUCAUACACAACAAAUAAGGCAGCAAAUGAACAGAAAUCUCUCCAAGGCUUACGGAUACUGCUAGCGGAAGAUACACCAGUUCUCCAACGAGUAGCGACCAUCAUGCUCGAGAAAAUGGGAGCUGUAGUAGUCGCUGUCGGAGACGGACUGCAGGCGGUAGAAGCCCUCAAUUGCGUGCCUGACGGAGACGAAUACAGAACAAACAGAUUGCAGACAGAAAUUUGUGAUUCUCCACCAUAUGAUUUGAUUUUAAUGGAUUGCCAAAUGCCAAUGAUGGAUGGAUAUGAAGCGACAAAAGCAAUAAGGAAAUCGGAAGAAAGGACGGGUUGGCACAUUCCGAUCGUUGCGUUGACCGCCCAUGCGAUGUCAUCUGACAAAGAAAAAUGCUUGGAAGUGGGGAUGGAUGCGUAUCUAACAAAGCCAGUAGACUACAAGUUGAUGGUGUCCACCAUUCUUGCACUCACUAAAAGAUCUGCCGACCAAAGGCUAACCCAAUGAAAAAUGUCUUUGGUUUAACAUAUCUGCUAUACAUAGGACUAUAACCAAUUUUCAUGUCUCUAAUCUUCAGUUUGAAACUGGUUUUAUCUACUUGAUAGUACUUCCGGUUGGUUUCCCUUUGUUUAUGUAAUAAAUGUA